AUGAAGAAGGAAGAAGUAGAAGAAACAAGUAGAGAGGCAGAGUAUUUGCGUACUAACAAAGAACACUUAUGGCAGUCGCUGGAAUAUUUAACGACACUUGCUAAGCUGGCAAAAGAAAAGCAGGAUGUAGAGUUAAUAGGAGUUUGGUCGGAAAGACUUGAGGAGAUUGCUAAAGAAUAUCGUCGAAUAGUUUGCACUCUCGAAUCGCAGUACGGCGAUAAAGGUUUUGACGAUUUGUUGAAGUUCGACGCAAAGUACUACGUGCUUCGUUCGUUUUAUUCUAAACAUUGUACCCCGAUUCCGUCUGUCAGUCCACCGGUGCAAGUUAUGAAACCCAUCAGUCAUAUUCGUUUUCCGGAAUUAAAUCUUCCUCGGUUCAGUGGGAAAUUAACAGAUUGGUGUGUGUUUCGAGAUGCGUUUCAGUCCGCCAUCGGCAAUCGUGAUGAAAUUAGUAACAUCGAUAAGUUCCAAUAUCUUAAAGGAUUAGUUCAGGGAGAUGCUGCUAGAAUUAUCGCUUCAAUUACGAUUAGUGAGGAUGGUUACCACGAUGCGUGGAGGGCUCUAAAAUUGCGCUACGAAAACAAACGGCAAUUAAUUCGCUGUCAUAUUAAGGCAUUGUACGAGAUACCAAGCAUGAAAAAAGAAUCUGCUGAUGAGUUGCUAAACCUGGUCGACAGGUUCGAACAUCAAAUGUUGACCCUGAAGCGAUUAGGUGAAAGCACGGACAACUGGGAUUCGUUGCUCGUUUACCAAUUGUCUACGCGUUUGGAUCCGAAUACGUUGAAGGAAUGGGAAAGUUAUUGUGCCCGGCUGGAUAGUGAUAAUGUCGCUAACGUGCUUGGUGGAUAUGCAGAUGAGGAGCAGGAGAACGAAGAAAUACCGACGUACACAUCUAUGGUCAAUUAUCUACAGAAUUACGCCAGGGUUCUGCAGAGUGUAGGUCCGCUUUCUAGUGCCAAUAGAGAGCGUGAUGGUAAAGUUAAGUUAACAAAAUCCACAGCUUAUCUGAGUGCCACAUCAUCUUCACCAGUACAAGACUCAAACAAGAAGUGUGAAAAGUGUCAGCAGUGCCAUUUCCUGUACCAUUGUCCAGAUUUCCAGAAACUGUCUGAGCAACAACGUUUCGAGCUUGUAAGAGCAAAGAAGUUAUGUGCCAAUUGUCUCCGUAGUACAGAUCAUUUUGCCAAGUCAUGCCCAGGUAAACCCUGUAACCGCUGCCCAAAGAAGCAUCAUACUUUACUACAUGGUGCCCAAUUCAUCCAACAACCCUCCUCUGCUGGGCCACCUGCUUCUGGCUCUAUCGCUCUCGUCGCUCAAGCCUCUGCUUCGAGCCCAGUUCAACCAAGGCCGCAGCCUACUAUAAAUAUGCCUGCAACACAAUUGCAGUCCCAGUUCCAACCGCAAUGGUUGCCACCCGCCCCUGCAAAACAAUUGCAGUCCCAGUUCCAACCGCAACGGUUGCCACCCGCAUCUGCAACGCAAUUGCAGAAUCAGACCCAGUCGCAUCGGCUGUCCACAGCAAACGAUUCGCAUCCACAACAGCAAUCUACAGUGUCAUCAGUUCCUGAAAGCCUGCGCUAUGCCAUGGUGGCAUGCAAAGAUCCUGCACAAUCUAUUGUGAUUCUUCCAACCGCACUUGUAGAAGUUAUCGAUGCUCGGGGUCACAAGCAUCUUGCUCGAUGUUUGCUUGACUCUGGUUCCCAAAGCCAUUUUAUCACAAAUGCUCUGUGUGACAAGUUACAACUUCCACGUACUCGUGUACCUGUCCCCGUAGUUGUAUGUGGAAUAGGUCGGUCAACAACCAAGGCUACACAAUCCGUUACCAUCAAGGUAUCGUCUCGAGUUUCUCCGUAUGUCGUAGAGCCGCAACUACUAGUACUCCCCUCGCUGUCCAUCAAGUUACCGGGAUCGACGCUUAACAUCCAAGAAUGGCAUAUUCCUAAGACAGUGCGUCUUGCUGAUCCCACGUUUCACGUGUCGAAUGAGAUUGAUCUGAUCUUGGGAGCUCAGUUCUUUUUCGAUACCCUCCGCUACGGUCGCAUCGAACUUGGUGAGCAGAUGCCGGUUUUGCAAGAUUCAACUCUCGGAUGGAUCGUAUCUGGACCAUGUACCAUUCGAGACCAUGAUCACACUGAUCAACGCUCUUGCUUUGUGAGCAGUGCAGUACGAAUGGAAAAUAUCCUCCAGAAAUUUUGGGAGCUGGAGACCGUUCGUGAUACCAAGGGUUGGUCAAUCACUGACAAGUUUUGUGAAGAGCAUUUUCUUGCUAACACCACAAGGACAACCGAAGGUCGCUAUGUUGUCCGUUUGCCUAAACGGGAAGAUCUUGUCCACCAGCUAGAUGAUAACAUGUACCAAGCUGCUAGACGUUUCCAUUCGUUAGAGCGUUCAUUGAUGUUAGAUCCACAGAAAAAAGAGCUUUAUAAAGAUUUCGUCGCUCAGUAUAUCGAGCUUGGACACAUGCGCGAAGUUUCAGAAGUUGAUUUGAACGUCAAACCACAAUUUAUUCUUCCACAUCACGGUGUCCUCAAACUCGACAGUGCUACAACCAAACUGAGAACCGUCUUCGAUGCUUCUUGUAGAUCUCGGUCCGGUUUAGCUCUCAACGAUGUCCUCGUUCCUGGUCCCUGCAUCCAGCAAACGCUACUAGAGAUAGUACUACGAUUCCGGACUUACCGUUUCGUCGUAACAGCCGAUAUCGAAAAGAUGUUUCGACAAGUGCUUGUCCAUCCGUCAGGUCAGCCAUUGCAACGCAUACUGUGGCGCGAUGCACCUGAAUCCAUUUUGAAAGUGUACCAAUUGCUUACAAUUACAUAUGGAUUAAACAACUCUCCUUUCCUAGCAACUCGCGUUUUGCAACAGCUCGCCACUGACGAAGAACAUCGCUUCCCCACUGCAGCUGGGAUUGCUCGCAGAGAUUUUUAUGUAGAUAAUCUCCUCACUGGUUCUAAUGAUAAGGAACACCUAAAGAUAACUGUGACAGAUAUGAUUGAACUGCUUGCAGCUGGUGGUUUCCCACUUCGACAGUGGUCGUCGAACUGUCAAGAAGUUUUGGACGUCGUUCCGGAAGACUUACGUGAAACUCGCACGCUCUUAGAACUCGAUCGUGACGCCUCGGUCACUGCGCUAGGACUGCGCUGGGAACCUGGAUCAGAUCAACUAUCGUUCAAACCACCGAAAUGGAAAGAAAACCAACCGUUCACCAAGCGGACAGUGCUGUCACAAAUGAGCAGCCUGUUUGAUCCGCUAGGGCUACUAGGUCCAAGCAUUGUUCAGGCUAAAAUUAUAAUGCAAGCUCUCUGGAAGUGUCAACUGGAAUGGGAUACACCGCUUCCUGAGAAAUUCGUCGAAGAGUGGAUGUUGUACCAACAAGAUAUCUUCCUCAUUGACAAUCUUCGAAUUCCUCGUUCGGUUAUGAUCACAUCACCUCACAGAUUGGAGAUUCACGGCUUCAGCGAUGCCUCAAUGCAAGCGUAUGGAGCGUGUAUCUAUGUACGGUCGAUCGAUGAAAAUAAUCAAUGCAGCGUCCAACUGCUGGCUGCUAAGUCUAGAGUUACCCCGCUGAGCAGCAAAUCUAUCCCGAGAUUAGAGCUUUCAGCUGCGCUACUUCUAUCGCAUCUUUUGGAACAUGUGAUGAAAUGUACAUCGCUAGUCGCUCCGAUUAACUUGUGGACAGACUCGACAAUAACGCUUGACUGGAUUUCUGCACCUCCUUCUACAUGGAAGACCUUCGUGAGUAACAGGGUAGCCGAAAUUCAAGAGCUAACCGCAACAGCUAUUUGGAAUCACGUUCCUUCAGAAGAUAACCCUGCCGAUUUUUUGUCGAGAGGAACUAGCCUGCGAAACCUAAUAGAAAAUGUAUUGUGGUGGCAUGGACCCGCCUGGAUCAGAACAGUGAAUGAACCAUGGCCAGCAAAGUACGCUUCAAGAAAACAGAUCUCAGAUGUUUCGGAAUUUCGGCAAGUUGUCGCACUGCCUGUGUUAACCACAUCGGAUGAAAUUAUCGAUCGCUAUUCAAGCCUGACUCAUCUCGUUCGUGUCGCCGCGUGGUGUCGCCGCUUUCGCGAGAACGCUCGCCGCCAAGAAAUCGAUCGCAUUACCGGGUCGUUGUCGCCGUCGGAACUUAACAACGCAUUAAUCGGUCUCGUAGGUCGUGUGCAAGAAGAAGAAUUUGGUCCUGAAAUGAAGAAGCUCGUCCGUGGUGAACCUGUUAGUAGAAAAUCCAAGCUGAAGUUCCUGAAUCCGCAACUCGUCGAUGGCGUAAUCCGAGUUGGCGGCCGGCUUCAUCAUUCAGCUUUCGCCGUGGACGCACGGCAUCCUUUGGUCCUCCCAGCUAAUCAUCAACUCACUCGAAUGAUCGCAUCGCUUGAACAGCUGAAAACACUUCAUGGCGGUCCUAACUUACUCUUGUCAUCAUUACGUCGUCGCUUCUGGCCCUUGAAUGGUCGGAAUCUUGCAAGUGCUACUGUUCAUGGUUGUGUAACUUGUGCUCGUGCCUCCCCGAAGACUAUAGAACAGUUAAUGGGAAACCUUCCGCCAGUACGCGUGAACAGGGCGUUUCCGUUCGAGAAUGUUGGGGUCGACUUUGCCGGCCCUAUGUACCUCCGCGCACCCAACAAAAGAUCAGCUCCCGUGAAAACAUAUGUAGCAGUCUACGUUUGCCUAGCUGUCAAGGCUAUACACCUUGACCUUGUUCCGGAUUUAUCUUCAGAAGGAUUCAUUGCAAGCUUACGUCGUUUUAGUGGAAGGCGUGGUAAACCGAACAACAUCUACUGUGACAACGGGCGAAAUUUUGUCGGCGCUCAACGAGAGCUUGAGGAGCUCCGCAAAUUGUUCAUUUCUCAACAACACAAGGACCUUGUAACCAGAGAGUGCGCUACGGAUAACAUCACGUUUCAUUUCAUUCCUCCUAGAUCGCCGUCGCUAGGUGGCAUCUGGGAAGCGGCAGUGAAGUCUAUGAAGUUCCAUCUACGACGAAUCGUCGGCAACGCGAUGCUGACAGAAACUGAAUACAGAACCGCGCUCAUCCAGGUUGAGGCAAUGCUCAACUCAAGACCUAUUACUGCAAUGUCUGAGGAUCCCCAGGAUCUGCAACCGUUAACUCCUGGCCAUUUCUUGGUUGGGAAGCCUCUCAACGCUAUACCUGAGCCGUUACUUCAUGAUGUACCAGAAAACCGUCAGUCGCGCUGGCAGCGUGUCCAGUGUCUGACGCAACAGUUUUGGAAGCGCUGGCAGAACGACUAUUUGAGCACCUUGCACAAUCGUUAUCGUUGGUCAGACACAACAGCAAACCUCUCCCGCAAUUCGAUUGUUCUACUCCGAGAUGAAACCCUGCCCCCAUUGAAAUGGGCUAUCGGAAGAGUUGUGGACGUUCAUCCAGGUACCGAUGGGCUUGUCCGCGUGGUUUCAGUCAAGACCAGCCAAGGCGUUACGAAACGUGCAGUCGGCAAACUCUGUCUACUACCGGUAGAGUUGGAUCCAGCUGCGAUUGAAAGCCAGUCUUCAAAACCAGAGGUCGUCGCCAAUCAAUAA